UUGGAGUCCAAAUUCUUUGGAAAAUUCUCGUUAUUUUCGUGAACUUAAUGAACAUGAUUCACCAGUAUGUACUUAAUUAAAUACAUAAUUAUUUAAAUGAAAUAAGAACUUUGAAUGUAAAUAAUUUCUUAUCAAAGAUAGGAAAAAUAAUACCAACCAAUGUAGUGGUUGAUAAUAUAAUACAACUCAAUUCACAAACACAACAUCAACUCCAACUUUUUAAAAGAGAGUUACAAAAGUAUAAAAGUCUAAAGCUUACUCCUAAACAAGAAGAACAAUUACGACAGUUAGACCGUUAUCAAAAAGUAAAGGAAUCAUUGCAAAGUGAUUAUACACCAGGAUCACUUUUAAGAGAUGCAUUUGGCAAUGUUACUAAAUGUGUUCCUGUGAUUCAUUCAAAUUCGUAUUUAUCCAUUCACAUACCCUCUGAAAAGAAUCUCCAAUUUAAUAAACAAGAUGCAUCCACUAUUGCAAAUCAAAUCACUCCAUUAUAUUCUUAUUCCUUAACUACAUUUGACAUAGAUUCAUCCUCAAAUAAUUUUAACUUAGUACCAUUGUUUAGACGUACUCCAACACCAUCUCCCACUGGAGGUACAACAAGAAAUGCGUGAUGUAGGAGUACAGUUUGAUGGUCAAGUUGACAAAUAUUUACAUAAUAUUAAAACUAUAUCUGUACUGUCACAAACAUCAUUCAAAUAUAAAUCUAGCAAUGAAGAUAAUAGUGUAGGAGAAUCAGACAAAAGUAGUUUGCAGACAAAUGAUCAAGAAGAACAAAGUUUUGAAUGUGAUGCAUCUUGUAGUGAAAGUUCACAUGAUAUUGAAUCUCCAUUAGACUCUGAUAGUGAAAUAGAAACAGAAUCUAAUUUUAGCAUACAUGGUAGCAGUCACAAAGGGAUUAUCAUUCAAAAGGAUUCUGAAAUUAUUGUUUUGAAGAAUGAACUUUGUGUAAGGGAUGCUGAAUUGGAGGAGAUACGAGACAUAAAUAAAAAUUUGCAGACUUUACUGAAAGAAAAGGAAGACUGUAUGAACACUCAGCAAGAAAAUCUUAAAAUACUACAUGACAAGUUGAAGAAGCUGGAAUACCAACGCAAUUGUGAAGUAGAAGAUUUAAAAGUAAAGCUUUAUGGUUGCAAAUAUUUAAUUGGACAAUUGAAACAGGACUUAAAUAAAAAGUGUGAAAGUUGUUACUUACAAUCACAGGAAAUUGAAAAUCUCAGACUAUGUGUUAAAGAAGUGACAACACUACAGUUAGAGAAAGAUUCACUUUUAAAAAAACUACAAGAAAUGGAACAAUUAACUGAACAAGCUAAGAGUUGCACUUUGGCUUUAGAACGAUUAAAGAAUGUUUUGUUAGAAAAAGAUGAACUUAAACAACAAAAUUAUGAACAAAGUUGCAUUAUGGCAGAUCAAGAAAGAGAAAUACAGCGACUGUUAAAACGGAAUAAAGAAAUAUCAGUUACACACGAUGAACAAGAGAAGACAAAGAACACAUUAAAGAAUAUGGAAGCUAUACUUAAUGAUAAAACUACUCAAAUUUCUCAAUACAAAGAGCAAUUAAUUUCUAUGAGACAAGAAAUUAGUGAUUUUGUUAACAAUUUAAAGCUAGCUCUAAACAAUUUAGAAGAAUUUAAUGGAUCAUGUGAGGAUGUAUGUAUUUGUGCAAAAUGUGACCUGGACAUUGGUGAGGAGGCAAAUAAUGUACUGUACAAUAUAAAUGUCAUAAUGACAAGAUUUCAAAGUUAUAAAAUAGAACGACAGAAUCUUUUACAACAAAUAGAAGACUUAAAACAUUAUGUAAAGAAUGAUAAUCAGCAAACUUAUUUAAGAAAAAAUUUAAGAAACAUAAUGUCUGAUGACUUUUACUGUGAACCUGAAAUACAUCAAAGAAAUACAAGUAAAAUUAGUAAUUAAACCUUUACUUUCAUAUAUUUAAAUCAUAUAUAAACUUUUCAAAAGCUAAACUGAUUGAUUCUGAAAAGUUUAUAUGAUAUUAAUGUAUUUAAAGUGAUGUACAUAUUAUAAAUAUUCUACAUUAUUCAGGUGGAAAGGACAGUGUAAUAAUGUUAAAUAUAA